CCCGGCUCACGGGGGCGGGGAGGGAAGGAAGGAUAGGAGGGUGUACCGAGCGCGGGCGCCGGGCGAGGUGGCAGCGGGCUGCGCCGGGUGACGUGAGGACGGAGGAGGGAACAGACACACACGCGGUGGAAAAGUGUGCGCGGCGCUUCUCUCCGGAGCGCCUUCGGAAAGGUUUCGGUCCUCCACCCCGUCUUAGUGAAGCGGCGCGAUGUGCCCGGCGCUGGCGAAGGCGGCCCCGCAGGAGGAGGGCGAGCGCGGCUCCCGCAGGAGCGGCUGGGGCCUGCUGGUCACGGCCGGCCUGGGGGGCACCCUGGUGGCCCUCUAUGCUGUGGCCACCCCCUUCGUGAGCCCGGCCCUGAGGAAGGUGUGCCUGCCCUUCGUGCCUGCCACCGCCGAGCAGAUCCAGAAUGUGCUGAAAAUGUUGGAAAACAGAAGCGGCUCCCUAGUUGACAUUGGCAGCGGGGAUGGCCGCAUUGUGAUAGCAGCUGCAAAAAAGGGAUUCCAGGCUGUUGGAUAUGAAUUGAAUCCCUGGCUAGUCUGGUACUCCAGAUAUCGUGCCUGGAGAGAUGGAGUACAUCAGAACGCCAAAUUUUAUAUUUCAGACUUAUGGAAGGUUUCUUUUUCCCAUUAUAGAAAUGUUGUUGUUUUUGGAGUACCUCAAAUGAUGCCACAGCUGGAGAAGAAGCUAGAGGAAGAACUUGAAUGUAAUGCCAGGAUCAUUGCGUGUCGCUUUCCUUUCCCUUGCUGGAUUCCAGAUCAUACUACUGGAGAGGGAAUAGACACUGUGUGGGCCUACGAUUUGAAACAUUCUAGAGCAUGUGAAACAAAAAGCUUGGAAAUUACACCAAAGACAGAAUCUUAAACAUUGAAUUUGGGUUUCUUACAGAAAUUUUUAGCUUUGACUGGACCUGUUGAAGAUAAGAUUAACAUGGAGAGGGCCCUGGCAUAUGAAGAUGUGAAUUCACUGUAAGAACUGAAGUACAGUGGCUGUCUGAAAGCACACAAAGGUUACUGAAAGAUGUAGUUAAAUGGCUUAAUAUGGUGUUCUGGUUUAACUCCAUCUAGCAGUGGAGUACCACACAGAUGUUCACUCACCCCAGUCCACAGACUCCCACAGAGGGAUGGGAAAAAAAACUGAAAAAAAGGUCAUACCCAUGACCAUGGACUGAGAUGGGAAUAGUUUAAUAAUUUUUAAUAAUAAUAACAACAAGAACAAGAGACAAGUAAAACCCAAGAAAAAUGAGUGAUGUACAGUACCCUUGCUUAGCACCCACUGAUGGAUGCCCACCCCAUCCCAGAGCAGCGACUGCCAGCUCUCCCCAGUUUAUAUACUGGGCAUGAUGUUCUGUGGUGUGGAAUAUCCCUUUGGCCAGUUCAGCUCAGCUGUCCUGGCCACGCUUCCUCCUGGCUUCUUGUGCACCUCCUUGUUCGCAGAAACUAAAAAGUCCUUGGCUUGGAGUAAGUGCUGCUCAGCAUCAACUAAAACCAUUAGUGUAUUAUCAACAUUAGUCUUUUCUACCACAGUGCUGUACCAGCUAAUAGGAAGAAAAUCAACUCCCAGCUGAAAGCAGAACAUGUAGUUAGUCAAAAUUAUGAAAAAGUUUUUUAGAAAGGAAAACUUCAAUAUGGAAAAGGGUUUAGAAUAUAAGUUCAAAUGUUCAAAUUUGUGAACUUUAUAUAUACAUUCUUUUUGACCCUACAGAGCAUUUGGUAUUGGUGUUGGAAUGAUGUGCAAGUGUCUUCUAAAAUGUAUUUCCAAAAUGUCUGAAUUUUGUAUGCCAAGUACAUAGUGCUGCAUACACAAAACUGGUCCAGAUGGAGUAUGAUGAGGACACCAAUGUUUCACACCACAGCCUUGAAUGUGUACUUUUGAAAGUUGAGUAUGACAAAAUGGGCAAAUAUCAUAAGUUGUGCAUUAACACAAGUGCUGCCUCUGAUUAUAUUAAUGUUUUUUUAUUUAACUUGUAUUCUCUUUUAGCAUUUGCUGGAAAAUAAACUCCAAGUAAGCCACUCCCCUUCUCCUGUACGUCUUCAGUAAGGGAGUGGCAAAAGCAGAACUUGUGGGUUGAGGUAGUAAUUUACUGAAAGCACAAAGCAAGAAUAAGACAUGGCACAGUACCAACAGAAAUAUUAAUAGUAAAAGAAUACAAAAAGAAGGUAUUUUAGUGACAAAAACGUGUGUUCACCACUGGAAACAAGAAUAAUGGUGGAUGCUUCUAGUAGAUUGUGUCCUCAGACCAAAGGCAGCGUAAGGGCUUGGCAGGCAAAAUGGCCAACUCCCAGUGGAGCACCAGUGUUUUCCUUGGAAAUCGUGCCCUCCACCGAUGGCAUGCAUGGUACAGAGUAACAACUUGGUCAUGGCACUAAGCUCUGACCCCUUUCUGCAACCAGGACAGCUUGUUGCAGGAACACAAAACUGCAGGAGGAUGCUCUUACUGAACUCUACUGGUGUAGGCUGUUGAAAAUGACCAUAAAUUUUCCUAAUCUUUCUGAUUUAGGAAGGGUUUCAAAAGUCAUUUACUUCUUAGUGAAGUGCCACCAUUUCUGUCUGCUCAAACUUUAUCUAAAGAUUUGGAUGACAGUUGUUCACUUGAAUACUUGAGGGCUGUCUCUGAUCCCAGGGCUAUUUAUUCUGGCUAGUUUGGUUAAAUCUGAUUCAACUUCAUUUAAUUGUUAGUGAGAUGAGAAGGAAAGUUUUCAAUCAGACUUGUUUUCCCUUCUAUUUUUCCAUACAUCUGAUGACAUCUCAGAAACUCAUAGUAUCACUGUUUGGCUUUUCCUUGUAAGUGAAGCAGGUUCUCCCCGUCCUUUUGCUGAUACUGGUUUGCAGUGGGGUACUGUCACUGCAGUGGUGAUUUCCUUUCCUGCCAUAGUUACAACUUGAUAUUGUAUAAUGGUCUGCUUACUCGUGCUAUUUAUCUGGUUCUCAGGUAAAAUUUUACUGUUUUCACUCAUUAGCAAUUAUUCAAAGCUCACAAUCUGCCUCCCCUGGCCCCAGUUAGCGUACACCCUGUUUGUAAAGCAGUAACUGUAAAUUUGUCAGAUCUUUGCAUAUAUUUUAUCCGUGGAAUGAAGCUAAAACAAGCUGGGCAAUUGUCACCUGACUUCAAGGCAGUCAUUACUACAACUAAAGUUAGCUCAGUCCAAGUGAAAUGCUGAGACCCCAGAAUUUGAGGUGAAAACAAAGUCUGACAUUUUAUCAGGUGUUGGGAUAGCCAAUUUGGCUGGUCUGUAGAAUCUGACUUGAAGAGAAGUUGGGCGCUAUUUGGGAUGUGUGGUCUACAAUGAUGUCUGUACCCAUGCUUUUUGUUUUUGAUGUGAGGAGACAGGAAGAAGUUAAAAUACAAGCCUACACUGAGGAUUCGAAAUGGAGCAUGGUUUUGUCCUGAAAAUAUAUACAGAACAGGAGAAGAAAGGGGCAGAUGUGUCUGUGGUGUGCAAAGGAGGGGUGAUUUCAGCCUUGCAUGGCAAGGCACACCUGUGAAAAUGCAGACUGUGUAUACUGAAGAUCACCAGUGUUCUGGUAAACAGUUUGGCAGCCUUUCUCUGCAAGAAUGCAUAAACUAUCUUGUAAGAUUGCACUAAAUGCUUUCCAUAAUGAUUCAAGUGUUACAAUCAUCACAUGGAGAUGGAGUGACAGGACAGGGAUAGAGUGGCUUAUCUGAAAUGCUGAAAUUUAAUAUCCCAAGGCCAUAAAACUGGGACCUCAGACAAAGUACAUCUGAAAUAAUUUCUAACGAAAAGAAACUAACAAAGGGGGAAUUAGCUAAUUAAGCAAAGUUCUUCCCUGAAAGAUCAUAAAGGAGAAGAGGAGGCAAAAUAUUUUUAUCCACUUUGUGUGUGACUCAUCUGCAGUGCAGUGCUUUGACCCAGGCUCCUACUAUCUGCUUUCACUAAAUUUAGUUUGUAGGAAAUGAAGCAGUUAUUUACUUUUCUCCUGUGUUUGACUAUAUAUUUUUCUCUUGCAUUAACCUUUUCCUGUUAAAAUUACUCAUUUUUGCCUGUGGUAAAGGUUUUGGGAUGUGCCCUUCCUAGUUACCACCUAUUGCUCCAAGAAUACUUUUUGAGGAGGGCACAAUAGAAUUAAUGAUAUGAUGACCUGAGCUUUAGGAGUACUAAGUGCUGUCCUCCAGGCAAGGAGAGAUUUAUGAUUGUUUUAAACUAAAACAGAGGGCUGUUCCUUGCUCUGGCUAUUUACUUUUGGGGGCCUGCACUGAAUUAGGCAGUAGUCUGAAGGUUUGGGAUUCCUUAUGACAUAAGGAAAUGUUCUGUACUUCCUGUUUCCGCAGUUUGAGUGUGAAAUGGAAAGCAAAGUGUUCUCAUUUUCACAGGAGGACUGGGAAAUCAUUUUGUUGACAUAUUGUCCUUUUCUAUCACUUCUAUAUUCAUUUGAUAGUUUUUGAGAUUAAAUGCUUAACUGUGACUUUAGUUAUCACGGUAUGGGUUAUUAUGUUGAUGCACUUCCAGUUGCUAAGGUAAUGUAUUAUGAUUUUGUUGAUAUGAUACUUCAGAAUGAAAAAUUGUUUCUUCUGAAAACCAGGAAAGAGAAUUACCAUAAUCAAAUUAUAGUGUAGAUCUGAAGUCAGAAGGAGGCAACAUUCAAGCUACGCAUGCUGUUCAAUACCAAAGUUAUUUAGAUACACAGAAAAACCUAUAGUUUAUCUUUCUUUGUAUCUUCUAGUAGAACCAAUUGCCUUUUGGGAGUUGUGUUAUUUUUUCCUUGACGUGUUAGAUUUUAGCAAAAAAAGGUGGUACAUUACUGAAUGACUAAUGCUUUCCUGAAAUACUGUAGGAUUUAAUUUGUUUGUAAAUAGUAAAGGUCAGGGUCAUACUUAAAAAUGUUGUUCUUUCCCCCCUUUUUUAUUUAUUUUUUUUUUCUAGUGAGACACUACAUAUGUCCUCAAAACCUGUUAUGUCCAUACAGGUUUUGUGAUCCAAGAUGAAUUAAACAAAUGCAGCAUCUUAGUGGUGCAAUUCUAAUUUUGAAGUGUUCCAUUUCCAUUUUGCAGAAAUUGGCUUUGUAGAGAGAAGGAGACAGGUAUGGCUCAUGGCAAGACAGCUAUGAGAUAAGCAGCUUGCUCAGUAAACUGCACAGUCACUACAGCCUCACAGCAGUGUCAACCAAACUUGACCAGAUUUGUUUGGGAAAUGUACACUUAUUUUGUGGGUUUUAGGCAUUUCUGUAUUACUGGGCAUAUUGAAGUUCUUGGUUUAUCUUCUGGUCUGAUUAUAUGCUGCUACUUAGUCUAGUACUGCUCCAAGGAAGUUAAUCCUCUGUCUCUGAGCUGCUGUUUGUUUCUGACUCCUGAGUUGUAGCCAGGCAAGAAGAUGCAGAAUCCAGUUUCAAAUUAAGCACAAGCCAGUUGAGUGACAAUGGUCUGUGAAAAAAAAGAGUUCCAAAUCCCAGGCUUUGGGAAGGUCUCCUUUCAUGAAGGCCCCAGCUCAGAAAACAGCAGAGAUCUCCUGAAUUUGGCAUAAUUUAACAAUGACUUCAGCUUUGCUUUAAUCACAUGUAUGUUCUUCAAGAAGUUUGCCCGCUUAGUACCAUUGUGAGAUCUGUAGGAGAAGUAAGCAAAGGCAGCAUUUUGGUUACCAUUUAUAUUUGGAGCUAAGGGAGGAAAGGAGAAGGGGGACCUUAUAGCCCAAGUAGGGUAAUUGAUUUUGAUCUAUUUCAAAAGCAGUUUGACAGACUUGCAUCAUCUGUGUGUACUUGUCACUGCAUUGGAGAAUCCAUGCCACGACUGGGCUGCGAUGAGCAUCCCCUCAGGAGUGGGUUCAUGUCUGAUGCCGUUGCUCUCGGAUGAACGCUACAGAUCAAUAGAUGGCCUCAUACUUCUACAGUUUCGCUUUCCAUGGUUUACAGUUACUGUUCAAGAAAGGAUGUGAGUCCUUCGAAUUCAUAGUUGAAUUUUGCAUUGUUCUGUGCAGGGCCAGGAGUUGGACUUCAGUGAUCCUUGUGGGUCUCUUCCAGCUUAGGAUAUUUAAUGGUUCUGUGGUCAAAGAGGGCAGCCUAACAUCAGAUUUAAUGCCAGUAAAUUCUGCUGUGAGUGGAUUGUUUUUCUGUUACAUCUGCCAAGAUUGCAGUUGUGUAGUUUUAAAAUUUAGCCCCAACUUGCUUUUCAGAAAUAAUGGACAUUUCUGCUAGAAGAUUUCUUGAAUUCUUGAUAAGACAGCAUGGUAUCUAUGUUUAACUUAAAAGCCACCCUUGAGUAAGAUUAAUGAAAAUAUUAAUUCUACAGCUUUUUUUUUUUGAAUGAUAAUCUUUCCUUGCACGUUUUACUGAGGGAGACAUAUAUGAAUAACUACCACUUUUCCCCCAUUCUUUUCCUGAAUUCUCCCUUGUAUCUAAGUGUUUGCUUUGAUUUUUCAUAUUCUCUUUUUACAAUUUCACUGACUUCAUAAAUCAGUCUUCCCAUUUUUCCAUUUUUUCCCCUGUAAAUUAGUUUCCUUUUUUUUUUUUUCUCUAGCCACUUAGCAGGAAGACUAAAUAUGUUAAGGAAUGUUCUUUUUCUCUCUAAUGUUUUAACAUGUAUUGAACUAACCUUGAUUUAUUUAGCAGUCUGUGCUGACAUAGCAUGACUCUUGUUUCCAGUAUAUGAAAGAAAAACACAUCCACACCAAUGGUAUUUAGUCUGAAAAGUAGCCUUGGUCUACAAUUCUGGCUAUUUAGUAGCUCUAAGUACCUAAUUUCACAUUUUUAUUGUAUUUCAUCACACAGCAAAUGAAUGCAGGCCUUUUAUUCCUUUGGUAGUUCUUUGGAUUUGGGUUAUUUGUUCAGGUGUGACUUUUGCUGAUUUCUUUUUCUUAGUAUAAUGUUGUUAUUUUUAUUAAAGGCUUUGGUUGAAAUGUCAGAUGGAUGUUUUUUCUACAAGUUGGUGUAUAGAGCUAGAACAAUCACUGUGGUGUACUCCUAUGAACUGCUGGUAUUGGUAAAAAUUAUGUGAAACCUGCUUACCAGUAAAUGCACAGGGAUAUUCUUCA